UCAUUUUCUUCUUCUUUCUUUUUUUACAGCGUAAGCUGCUGUUAUCUUCAACAACUCGAAACUCAAAUCUCAUCAAUCAUUUUUUAAAUAUAAAGAGAAAUCUCAUUUUAAUGGAAGAUCAGAAGCAAAUUGUGUUGAUCACAGGCUGUUCUCAGGGAGGAAUCGGCCAUGCAUUGGCUCAUGAGUUUGCUUCUAAAGGCUGCAUUGUUGUGGCCUCAAGUAGGUCCAAAAGAACCAUGGCUGAUCUUGAAAAUGAUUCCAGGUUCUUCGUGCAAGAACUUGAUGUUGUUUCAGAUGAAAGUGUGGAGAAUGUUGUGGCAAAUGUUAUUGAAAAGUUCGGAAGAAUUGAUAUUUUGGUAAACAACGCUGGAGUCCUUUGCAUUGGCCCUCUUGCCGAGCUUCCGUUAUCAGCUAUCCAGAAUGCAUUCGACGUCAAUGUUUUCGGUGCCAUGAGAAUGAUUCAAGCUGUUGUUCCCCACAUGGCGGCUAGGAAAAAGGGGAAGAUUGUAAACAUUGGAAGUAUUGGUGCUGUUAGCCCUGCACCGUGGACCUCUGUUUACUGUGCAUCUAAAUCUUCUCUUCAUUCACUCACUGAUACCUUGAGAUUGGAACUCCAUCCUCUUGGGAUUCAUGUCACCCUCGUCGCCCCAGGAGCUAUUAAGUCUAACAUAGCAAAUGUCGCGGCCGGCAACUAUAGUCGGAUGCCUGAAUUGAAGCUAUACAAGCCAUUUGAAAAUAUUAUCAAGGAGAGAGCAUAUUUCAAAGAACCAUCAAAUGCAACCCCUACAGAAAUAUUUGCAAGGAAGACUGUGGCUGUUUUGUUCAAGGACAAGCCCCCAGCUUGGUUUUCUUUCGGUAAGUACUCUACUCUCGUGGAAAUAUAUUCCUAUAUGCCAAAUUUUGUUAAAGACUUUCUUGCAAGGAGAAUGAUGAAAGGAUAA